GCUGGCGAUUGGGAACAUCUACACUUGGAUGAAACGUUUCAUGGCACAUUCCUGAGCCCCUCGUCUUAUCAUCAGCAGAAACACGAAUAUCGCGGUACCUUCGUGCCUUCCCUCUGUCGAUCGGCUUAUGCCUGCGGAAAGGAAGCAUCCCCACAUCAGCCUCUGCAAACCGUGCCUGCCUUAAUUCCAACAAUCUUCCUUCCACGAUGCGUCUUCUCGCGAUUGUCGCAUCACUGGCGGCAUCUGCCAUGGCACAACAACUGCUCGUCUACAGCGACUCGGCCCUUCCGUCAUGCGCUCAGCAAUGCACAAUCCUCCAGAAUGCACAAACAGGCUGCAUCCCCCCAGCCGCCCCAGUAACCGACGCCGUCAUCUACGAAUCGUGCUUCUGCCAGUCUGGCUACCUCACACCACUCAAGGCUGCUGGAUCUACGCUAUGCUCGGAUGUGUGUGAAGCGGCCGAUGUGGCCAAGAUUGCGACAUGGUAUCAGUCCAACUGUGCCGACAAUGGUGUCGCUGCCGCUGCUCAAGUCAGUGCUGGAACCACGACAGACCCAGCUGCCACAAGGAGUGCUUCGACGAUUGCUUCGUCACCUCCAACGUCGACCUCAACAGGCGGUACACAGAGCUCAAGCUCCGCCCAGGAUGCAGACCCUCAUCACGAUUGGUGGACGGACCAUUGGAGGUGGAUCGUCAUGCUCAUCGUCGUAUUUGUCGGUCUCGCCAUUCUCACCGUCGUCCUCGUCCUCCUACGCCGCCGUCAUCGCCGUCGUCAAGACGUUGCAAGAGGCCCCUUCAACUCAGGCAUCACCCGCAAUUCUCUGCCCGCACUCUCAGUUACACCCCCUUCGCAAGGCAAGGUGGCCAGCAAUCAUGCCAGCAGAACAAGUCUUCCAAGAGUUAGAGAAAAGGACAGAAUGACCGUCACCGACGUGCCUGUACCCCCCUUACCUGCGGGUCAUGACUUUGCCGGAAAAGAAAGAGGUGCCACUCCAGAUGUUGAACACGGACGUGCGAGAUGAGAGAAGCAGAAAAAAGCACAUGUUCCGACAUUGCCCUUUCCAUUGAUACCCACCACAUAAUCAUAAUACAGGCCAGACACCUUUUGACUCACUGAUCUGCUUGUGCAUUGUUUUGGACCCUGCCUCUGAUCGACUCUGGGGGAAGUGGAGAAACUGGAGAAAGCUUCAGUCUUGACAGCAUAGGCAGAUCUUCCUUCUCGAAAGGUAACGUCAUGGCUGCUACUGAAUAGUCAGACGAA